AUGAGUAGGUAUGGUGUCCUUGUAAUUGGGCCAGCAGGUUGCGGCAAGUCAACCUUCUGCGCCGCUUUGAUCUCUCAUAUCGCAAACACCAAGCGAUCAUGUAGUUUGUAUGUGAAUCUCGACCCUGCUGCUACCGACUUUGAAUACGAGCCUGCAGUCGACAUAAAGGACCUAAUCACACUCGACGAUGCAAUGGAAGAAAUGGGACUCGGUCCCAAUGGCGGAUUGAUGGCCUGUUUUGAGUUCUUGAUGGAAAACCUCGACUGGCUAGAUUCCUCGCUCGAUGAUGUCGGCGAAGAUACGCUGGUGAUUUUCGACUGCCCCGGCCAGAUAGAACUCUACACUCACGUACCAAUCCUCCCGAACCUAGCGAAACACCUAACGGGCCACUUACAAUUUUCUCUUGCCGCUUCGUACCUGCUCGAAUCUACCUUUGUCAUUGACAAGUCCAAGUUCUUCGCUGGCACGUUGAGUGCGAUGAGCGCUAUGAUCAUGUUGGAGAUUCCGCAUAUCAAUAUAAUGAGCAAGAUGGAUUUAGUCAAAGGACAGUACAGCAAGAGGGAACUCAAGAAAUUUUUGGACCCGGACCCCGGGAUCAUCCUUAGUGAUGUGCACAAGGACACGAAUCCAAAAUUUCAUAGGCUUAAUGAAUGUGUCGUUGACCUGAUCGACGAUUUCUCGAUGGUCCAGUUCCUUCAACUCGAGAGUCGGGACGAGGACAGUGUUCAGGGAAUCUUGAGCUACAUUGAUGACUGUGUUGGCUGGUCCGAAGUACAGGAACCGCAGAUCAGGGAUGAACCUGAAAUGGAUUACACAGAACUAGUCGAGGAUUGAAGCUUUCUCUUUUUUGCUCGCUACAAUUUUCUGAUGGGAGGUUCGCAAAACGUUAAUCGUAUGGCGCUUUGGCUUAAUCUUUGUUUUACAUUGGGGUAAUGGCGGCGUUUUGUUGGACGGGCGGGUGAAAAGUGUGCUAGCGGAGGAGCUACUAUAGAUGUCGUGCUCUUGCUGGAGUAAUUAAUGAGACUGCCAAAGUAUUUUGU